AUGCCACGGAACUGGCACCCCAUUGCUGCUAUAUUACUAAGUGCGACAACAACGAUUCUCGCCGUGGAUAACAGCUGGCACCCCCCCAACCUCAGCGCCAUCAACGACCUCGACCACAACCUGGCCAGCGAUGGGGUCUUCGAUUUCAUAUUUGACUCGUCACUGGUGCCAGACCAUCUUUAUGGACAGUACAAUUACUGCAAUAUGCCGCAUGUGCGGAAACGCGAAUACGUCGUUGCGCCUGAGGAGUAUGAACUCGUAUACGUUGAAGUAAUCCACCGUCAUCACAAAAGAACACCUUAUCAGUCUAAUACAUUCCCCGUAGAACUGGAUACAUGGUACUGCGACAAUGCUCAACUGUAUCACUACGGACAGCCCUCAGUGAAUGAGGAGCAAAACAGCGCCAACACAUUCUGGCAACUCGAAGACAACCCCUUUGAUUUACUGCUCGCUUCCCAUGGUAAUGAUGAUGGGAGUGGGCGCGGUUUCCCCGGUACAUGCGUGUUUCCGCAAAUCACUAGAAGUGGUCUGCAAGACUCGUGGCAGCAUGGACAUGAUCUGUUCGAGGUUUAUCACGAUCUCCUAAGGUUCUUACCAGAUGCAAUUGACCUGAAGAAAAUGGAGUUUAGGGUUACGAAUAAUGUGAUUACGAGUCAGGUUGCGGGUAUGGUGAUCGCGGGCAUGUAUGGAGAGCAGAGAGGCGUGGGAGUGCCUUUGCAUGUACAGAAAACAGGCAUCGACUCUUUAGAGCCGCAAUACCAUUGCCCUGGCGGUCGGUCUCUAUUCGAGAAGAUUAGAAGCUCCGAUGCAUCAUCUCCAUGGCAGAUCCAUCUCAACAAAACAAAAGAUCUCAUAAGAUCCCUUGACAACGUCUCGGGAGUGCCAGAAGAUAACCCAGACUGGCAUACCAGCUACGACCACUACUUCGACAACCUCUCCUCACGACUUUGCCAUUCGAAACCUCUGCCCUGCAAACAACAAGAUGUUCCGGAUUCGGGAUGCAUAACACGCAUACAAGCCAACUCAAUAUUCCGCCUUGGACAGUGGGAGUACUCGCGCCUCUAUCGCGAUGCUCCUUCGUCCUUGACAACCAGCGUGGCACUAUACGGCGUCUUCAUCGCUGAACUCGCGCAGCAUCUCCGCGACCAGAUAGCCUUUCUCGGCGUGAAUGUUGAUCAGACAGAUCGAGUCCUGUAUCGGCAUAAUGUCGCGCACGACGGAAGUAUUUCUCGAAUUCUUUCAGUGCUGCAAAUUGAGCGAAUGGUUUGGCCUGGUAUGGGAGCUGAAAUAGCUUUUGAACUGUAUCACAAAGAGGACAAUGCAUUCUUUGUCCGCGUCUUGUGGGGAGGACAGGUGAUGCGAAGCUCCAAUCCAGAGUUGGGGAAUAUGGAGUUUUUGGAUGUCUAUAGGCUGUUGGAUUAUUUUGACUCGUUGGUAGGGCAGGGAGCGACGAGUGUGGUGGAAUUGUGUUGGAUGUAA